UGUUCAAAUACGAGCUGCUUCCGAUUGACAAUGCAAUGGAUCAUAUAGCACUUUUGAUCCAGGACGCAAUACGCGAACGUGCGGCACCAUCAGAUUUCACUGUCCACACCACUCCUUUCGACAAUCUUCCUGUGUUUACAAGUCAUGUACGAUUGUGAUCUACCGGAGUGGGAAAGUACUUUGGCACCUGAAAUCCCAGGAGCUUGCGGCAUUGCUACUAAAGAACAAGAAACUCGCUGAUAUGUAUGACCUAUACAGGACGUGGAUCCAAGGGGUCCCUGGCGGUGCGAUGAAGGACUUGGAUUUUAACCCUCUACGGCAACCUUCCGAGGAGAAGGAACCGCUGGCGAGAGUGUUGCGUCAUAAGAGCUUGAAGAAGGAAUCGCUGGCGAGGCAUACGGAGGGUGCGGACGGUCGAGGAACGUGGACAGUGGAUGCGAUACGCAAAUGGGCAGGGGACGUGUCGAGCUCGGGCAGGAAAAACGGAGGAGGGUGGAAUACACAAGUGUUCGGAAUGAAAGAUCGUAGCAUUCCCAACAAGUUUGCUGGGGUUCAAUGGAUGGGAGCAUCAGAAUUGGAUCGUUCAAGACGAACCAACUGUUGCACACUCUCAUUGAUCAUAUUUCUCUCGUUGGCUUGCCCUCCCUUUCGCCCACCACCCUUGUAUCUGCUGAGCCAGACCCACACUUCGGAUGUUGGGCCGGUUCUACACCCGCCCGUCCUACUCGGUCUUACAGUCACCGUCCAUUCUAUACAGUGCGAGACGAUAGCGGCUCAAUGCUUGCCUUUCUGUGUGAGCCCUGUCAAAGGAAGCUUACAGAUUCCAAUAAUGGCGCCCCAGCCGAGAACAGCAGCUUCAUAACUCCGGAAUACAAGUGUGAAGCCAUGAGCAGCUAAUGCCCUCACAACAUGCAUAUGACCCACGCGAGAAUUGAAGGAUGUUCCAGGCGAGUUCAGAAGGAAGCAUUAGGGAAAUCGCUGAGGG